ACCUUCCUGUUGUCAACAGCAUGACAGAAGAAAACAACAGGCUUUUGAGUUAAAUUCAGAGUACGUUGAUCGAAGUCAGCAACGUGCUUUCCUUUUAGAACAAGGCUUUGAGAGUCAAACUUGUUCCUUUAAAAAAAAAUUAAAAAUCACCUUUGGCUUCUCAGCUCUGAGUUUAAGUCCAAGUAUCUUCUCUGUGCUUCCAAGAGUAUACCAUGGCCAAGAAGAUUGCGGUGAUUGGAGCUGGUGUGAGUGGCCUGUCCUCCAUCAAGUGCUGCUUGGAUGAGAACCUGGAGCCCACCUGUUUUGAGAGAAGUAGUGACUUUGGGGGACUCUGGAAGUAUGCGGAAACUUCCAAUGAUGGGAUGACCAGGGUCUACAGGUCACUAGUGACAAAUGUCUGCAAGGAGAUGUCAUGUUACAGUGACUUCCCAUUUCAAGAAGACUACCCCAAUUACAUGAGCCAUGAGAAAUUCUGGAACUAUCUCCGAGAAUUUGCAGAGCACUUUGACCUCCUGAAAUAUAUUCGGUUUAAGACUACCGUGUGCAGCGUAACUCAACGUCCAGACUUCUCUGAAACUGGUCAAUGGGAUGUUGUCACUGAGACAAAUGGCAAGCAGGACAGAGCUGUGUUCGAUGCUGUCAUGGUUUGUACAGGGCAUUUCCUGAGUCCCAAUUUACCUUUGGAGUCCUUCCCUGGAAUCCAUAAGUUUCAAGGUCAGAUCCUACACAGCCAAGAGUACAGGAUUCCAGACCCCUUUCAAGACAAGCGCGUCCUAGUGGUUGGUCUUGGGAACACUGGUGGAGACAUAGCAGUGGAGCUCAGUCAAAGGGCAGCUCAGGUAGUUCUCAGCACUAGAACUGGCACUUGGGUUAUCAGCCGCUCCUCAAGUGGGGGCUACCCAUUUAAUAUGAUGAAUACAAGAAGAUGGUAUAAUUUGAUUGCACGAGUUCUGCCUUCGCGUUUCCUAAGCUGGAAUCAAGAGAGGCAGAUGAAUAAGAUAUUGAACCAUGAGAAUUAUGGAUUAACUAUUACAAAAGGGACAAAAAAGAAAUUUAUUGUGAAUGACGAGCUCCCAUUCUGCAUCCUCUGUGGGAAAGUGGCUGUGAAAACCAGCGUGAAGGAUUUUACAGAGACCUCUGUUAUCUUUGAAGAUGGGACAGUAGAAACCAACAUUGACGUCGUGAUCUUCGCUACAGGAUACAGAUUUUCUUUUCCCUUUUUGGAAGAACCCCUCAAAAGCCUUUGUACAAACAAGGUCAUCCUAUACAAGCAAGUUUUUCCCCCAAACCUAGAGAGAACAACAUUAGCCAUCAUUGGCCUUAUUGGCCUUACUGGGUCCAUCUUAGCAGGCACAGAGCUCCAAGCACGAUGGGCCACAAGGGUAUUCAAAGGGCUCUGUACCAUACCUCCAUCCCAGAAGUUAAUGGCUGAAGCAACUAAAAAGGAGCAGCUCAUUAAAAGGGGUGUGAUUAAAGAUACCAGUAAAGACAAACUCAACUUCAUUUCCUACUUGGAUGAGCUUGCUGCAUGCAUAGGCUCGAAGCCUAACAUCCCAUUUCUGUUCAUCACAGAUCCCAGGCUAGCUUGGGAAGUUUUCUUUGGACCAUGUACCCCUUACCAAUACCGCCUAGUGGGCCCUGGAAAAUGGAGUGGAGCCAGAAAUGCUAUCCUGACCCAGUGGGACAGGACCAUAAAACCGUUAAAAACAAGAAUUGUUACUAAUUCUCCUGAGCCUGCCUCCCUGUCACGCUACUUAAAAGCUUGGGGGCCACCUGUCCUGCUUGCCUCUCUUUUACUAAUCUAUAAAUAUUCUCUCUUUCUUAAAUUGGUGCAAUAUAAACUACAAGGCAGAAUUUCCCCUUACCUAAGGCUAUGGCAUGCCCCCAGAAUUCAUGAGUUGGCAAAUUGGUCUGCAGUGUGACAUGAGGCCUCCAGCCUCCUACGUGAAUUGAUGCUGCACUCAGCUGCUAGAGUAGUAAACAUAAGAGCAGAUUGUUCUAAAGGCUGCACCUUGUUUCAACACUUGCUUGUGUGUUUACUUGCCCAUCUCCCCUCUACUAUGUUAUGACACAGUACAAACCUCUUAGUAGAAGCUGCCACUAUGUCCUUAAACCUUCCAGCCUCUAGAACUGCAAACAAAAUAAACCUGUUAUUUUACCCAUUC